UAACAUGUUUCUUGUUCUCAUUCUCUUGUUCUCCAUUGCAUCUUGUUCCAUGACACUUCUCACCUGAUGAAGUUCAUGAGCCAGAGGAAAAGCCCAGGCCGAAAAUGACUGGUCCUAAAAUACCAGAGGGUGAGAAAGUAGACUUUGAUGACAUCCAAAAGAAGAGGCAGAACAAAGACCUGAUUGAACUGCAGGCCUUGAUUGACAAUCACUUCGAAGGCAGGAAGAAGGAAGAGGAGGAACUGCUUGCCCUGAAGGACAGAAUUGAUAAACGCAGAGCCGAAAGGGCAGAACAACAAAGAAUCCGGGCUGAGAAUGAGAAGGAGCGUCAAGUCAGGCUUGCGGAGGAGAAGGUAAGAAGAGAGGAAGAAGAUGCGAAGAGAAGAGCUGAGGAUGACCUGAAGAAAAAGAAGGCUCUGACCUCCAUGGGUGCGACAUACAGCAGCUAUUUGGCAAAGGCUGACCAGAAGAGAGGAAAGAAGCAGACUGCUAGGGAAAUGAAGAAGAAGAUCCUAGCAGAGAGGCGCAAAACACUAAACAUUGACCACCUGAAUGAAGACAAGCUAAGGGAUAAGGCCAAGGAACUGUGGGAUUGGUUAUACCAGCUGGAAACUGAGAAGUAUGAAUUUGCAGAGAAGAUGAAGAGUCAAAAAUAUGAGAUCACCACCCUCAGGAACCGGAUUGAUCAGGCCCAGAAGCACAGCAAGAAAGCAGGAGCCAAGGGCAAAGUUGGAGGGCGCUGGAAGUAAAGAAACAGAAGGUGACUGCAGGCAGGAUCAUCCCCGGUGGCGUGGCUAAACAUCGCUGGCCUCCCCCUACCCCUUUGACAAAUCAGUUUCACUCCCAUGCUUGAGCAAAACUACACCACCAGCCUGGAUUGCCUACUCCUUUUUUAAGGACUCCAGCAGCGUCCUGAACCAAAAGGAAGGAGGUCCCCGUGGAACAGAGAUGACUCCCUGCUGGCACCUUUCCUGCUUCAUGUGUCCUUUGUUUUCCUGACACCAGGCCUCCGCUCCCCAUAGAUUGCUAUGUAUGAAUCUCUAGUUUUUGUAAAUAAAGUGUGACAGAUACCUACUUCAAUUAAAUAUCUCAUGACUGCC